AAAAUCAGUUAUCGUUGUGUACUCGUGAGUCGUGGUUUUGACAUUUCGCGACGUAAAAUGGAAACUGCCGCCAAAUGAAAAAGAAGAGAACCUCUUUACCGAGCCGCGGAGAAGGAACAUAAUAUAUUAUUGGUAGAUCUCGUCGAACAAAACUACGCGGCGGUUGAAAAUAAAAAAAAAACAGAUGUCAUCGACGGCGGAUCGUUGGAAGACCGUGGCAGACCGAUAAAUUUAAUGCCACGUCUCUUGUCCGAGAGUCCGGUCAGCGCAUCCCGCCCCUCUCAGCUAUGAUAGUCGUAGUGUAGUCCUCUCCAUUUCAUUGGUGAAACAGCAGCUAACAGGUGUGGAGCGGUCGGCGAACGCGAUAUACUGCCUGUAAAAAAUCGUAGAUACAUGAAUAUAAAAAAACAAACGGGCAUGUCAAACAUCGGUAUCAACGGAUUUGGCCGCAUCGGCCGAAUGGUGUUGAGAGCAUUGUUGGAAAAGGGCUCCAAGGUUGUAGCCAUCAACGAUCCGUUCAUCGGUAUCGAAUAUAUGGUAUACUUAUUCAAGUAUGAUUCCACUCGCGGACAUUUCAAAGGCAAAGUUUCUGUUGACAGAGACGUUUUUAUUGUCAAUGGAAACGAGAUAAAGGUGUUCUCUGAACGCGAUCCAAAGGCCAUCCAAUGGGGAUCUGCUGGUGCUGAUUACGUAGUAGAAACCACAGGUAUAUUCACCACCAUUGAAAAAGCCUCAGCUCACUUGGAAGGUGGAGCCAAGAAAGUUAUCAUCUCGGGACUAAGUGCUGAUGCACCAAUGUUUGUUGUUGGUGUUAACUUGGAUGCAUACAAUCCAUCGUUCAAAGUUGUAUCUAUUGCUUCAUGCACAACUAACUGCUUGACUCCAUUAGCAAAGGUUAUUCAUGACAACUUUGGAAUUGUUGAAGGUCUUAUGACUAUUGUUCACGCUACCACAGCCCACCAAAAAACUGUUGAUGAGGUGUCCGGAAAAGCGUGGCGAUCUGGCAGAGUUGCUACCCAAAACAUUAUUCCUGCUUUAUGUCCUGGAGCAAUCAAGGUUGUUGGUAAGACUAUUCCAGAUCUUAAUGGAAAAUUAACUGGAAUGGCUUUCAAAGAACCAGUUGUUAAUGUAUCUGUUGUUGACUUGACAGUAAGACUUUCAAAACCAACAUCUUACCAAGAUAUCAAAGAUAAAGUCAAGGAAGCUGCUGAAGGACCAUUGAAGGGAAUUUUGGGUUACACUGAAGACGAAGUUGUACCUUCUGAUUUAAUUGGAGAUACCCAUUCAUCAAUCUUUGAUGCUAAAGCAGGAAUUUCAUUGAAUGACCAAUUUUUCAAACUUAUCUCAUGGUACAACAAUGAAUACGGUUAUUCCAACCGUGUUGUGGACUUGAUCAAGUACAUGCAAUCUAAGGAUUAAACCGUAGUUCCAAGCUACU